AUGUCGAAUAAGCGCGCAGCCGCGCACUCCAAAUCAGGCCCUCGCCCUACUUCUCCCGCUUCGAGUAGAUCUGACAACAGUAACACCAGUACAUCCCACAUCACCCCCACGGCCAUGCACGGCGCUGACGAUCCCCUAGGCAGCAAAGCAUCCUCCCCAUCCGACACUCCCGGCAAGAACCAGAUCGACUUUCAGUUUUUAAAUUUCUCCCACCCUUCCGAGGCAAAAGCAUCCCCCAAUCGCAAAGCCGUCCGCAGUCAUGUCACCCGCGAGCAACAUCGACGCGAACACGCUGCCGCCGCGGCUCGAAAGGCGCACACCUCACAAGACACCGAGCCCGAGGUCGAAAACGCGGCGUCUCGCCAACGCUCGCCCAUCACCCUCCAUCUGCCUCACCGUCCACCAACGAUACCAAGCAGCUCCGAAAUAUCGCCUGCUACUCCCACCACCUCGCGCUCGACUUCUCCCUUCUACAGAGCAGGCACUCGAAUCAACCCAGCAGACAUCUACCCCGAGCAGUGGCAGCCAUACCUUCCGCGCAUCAUAGAACACUAUCUCGCUCACAUGGCCCUUGAUAUCCCUGACCUCGACGGCCCCGGCGACAGAGGCUUGCUUCGCACGCGCUUCUUCCCCUUUGUCCUCACCGAUGCCGCCCCUCUACAUUCCCUCAUGCUCAUGGCCACGGCGCAUUACUCUCAAAUGCGCGGUUCGCAAUCCCAUACCAUCGAUAUUCUCCAAUUAAAAGGCAUGGCAAUACGCGAGAUCAAUAGCGCGCUCGAAAACCCGCAACGAAUGAUCAGCGACCAGCUCGUCGCAGCCGUGGCCAAAAUGGCCUCGUACGAAGCUCUCUUCGGCGAUCAGCAUUUCUUCAACACGCAUAUGACUGGCCUCCUCCGAAUGGUGAGUCUGCGAGGUGGUCUGCCCGCUCUGGGCCUCGAUGGUCUGCUCGAGCGCAUUCUACUGUGGAUCGACUCGAACGUGGCUCACAUCAAAGGCACUCAAGUCUACUUCGACCGCGCUGCUUUCCCUACUUCGGCGCGUCAUCCCACGCCGGAUCCGCAGCGCUUUUUAGGUGGACUGGCGAAGCUCACACCGUCCCCGUCUUGA